AGACAAAGCACAAUAGACGGUUGAAUUAAUAUAGAACAUUCGAGAUUAUAACCUAUCAUAGGUUACCUAUGUAAGUUUACACAUGUCAAAAUAAUUGACUUUUCAUCGAUAUUUUUAACAGUAAUUACUUGUUUUUGACUGUUUUAAGUGAUUUAUACGAAGUUCCAGUUAUUUAUAACGUAUAUAUUCGUAUAUAUUUGAUAUAAAUAAAGCAUAAAAAUGCCAGGAGUAAAAAAAGGUGAAACUGAGGCGGCACAACUUCAGGAAAACUUGGAAGGGGCUUCUAUUGACGAUACUAUUCAACCAAGGCAACCCACAAGCCUCCAAGGGCUUCUUAGAUUUGCCAUGGAGGCUACUAAAGAUGAAGAUGCACCCCAUAGUUCUGAAUUGAAACCAAUGGACGAAGAACGUAAAAAAUUCUUAGAAGAGGCACUUAAAACAAUGACCAUUAACGUUGUUGAAGUUCUUCAAAAGCAAAUUGCUGUGUUAAAGAAUGUAGGGGAGUUGAAAGCUAAUGAUGACCCAAAAGACUAUCUAACGGCCAUAGAAAAUAUAUGUGAAUAUAUAGACAAUAUAGAUAUUGCUAAUGAUUUCCAUAAAAUUGGUGGUCUUAUGAUCCUUAGACCGUGUCUGCAAUCACAAAAUUCCAAAAUUAGGGCUGGGGGUUGCGAACUAAUAGCUCUAUUAACACAAAACAACCCAACCUGUCAGAAAAUCAUUCUGGAAAAUGCAUUUUUACCUGAAUUGAUAGCUUUGUUGGACACUGACAAUGAUGUGAAGGUUUCAAUUAAAUCCAUCUACGCUAUAAGCUGUUUGGUUAGAGAAAACAAUGAAGGGUUUAACGAAUUGAUUGCACAUAAUGGUCUUCAUGUGUUUUUAAAGGCCCUGAAGAGCAAGGAAGAACGUAUUAUUGUUAAGUUGGCAUUCCUACUGAGUGCCCUGUGUAAAUCACAGCCUGAUUUAAAAAGCAGACUGGUAUUUUUGGAAUACUUCCCAGUUUUGAUAAGUCUCGUAAAUGAAGAAAGAAACAUGGGUCAUGAGUUUUUGUUGUCACUUCUAGUGACUUUAACCGAAGACAAUCCAGCUGCCAUAAACGAAAUAAAAGAUCCAAAAUACAGCUUCAAGGAUAUUAUUACAAAAUACAGAAGUUCCAUUUUGAAUAGGGAGGAAUGUGAAGAGGAAGAUCAGUAUUGCAGAAUUUUGCUACAUCAAAUUGGCUAGGAGAUCUGAGGGAUUUUUUAGUUUAUAAGAACUGAUUUUGCAUUUUUAAUUUUCUUUUUAUUUUUAUUGAAAAAAUAUAUAAUAUCAAAGGUAAUUUUUUCACAUUAUUAUUUAUUUAAGGUCGUGAAUGUCAUUUCCAAGGUCAAUACUGUCAUCAUUUAUUUAACAGUUAAAAAUGCAUAUUCAAGGUCAAAUUAUAUCCAAAAUAAAUAUUAUUUAAUAAAAGAAUUUUACUUCAAAAUAAUGUUUUGUUAAUAACAAAUCAUUUUUUCCAAAAAUAUUUUUUGUGUUUUAAUAAUUUUAUAUCAACUGAAAAAUCACAAUGAAAAUAACGAC